AACAAACACACAGCGAUGAGAGUGGGAGAGAGACAGAGACAAGUGUCGUGCAUCACUCAAAAACACACUCAGUGAGAGUUCACUUAGCAAAUUCCCACUUCUCUCUCUCUCUCUCUAAAUGUUGGUGCUAUUGACCACUGCCCUUGAGAAGCUGGCCAUUGCUGUACUCUUGUCACUUUCAUUCUCUUAAAUGCCCCACGCUACCCUCUUUCUGCAGUUAUUCUCUAUUAUUGGGAAAGAAAAGGGCUUUCAUUUCAUUUCUUCCUCUCAUUAAUAAAUUAAAUCGAGGGUUUAUUUUGAUUUUGUAGGCUUAUUCCUGUCAUCAUGUUGCAAUUAGUCUUGAGUGAUGGUAGUAUCAGUCUCACUUCUCUUCUUGAGAUGUAGGCCCCUUUCACUAUCAUGCAAAUAAGCACCACUUUUAGUUGGAAUUGUUGUCAAUUCAUGUGUUGGAGUGAUUGCAUUUUCUGCUAUAAUGUGCUUUUGAUUUUAGAUUUCAUUAUCUGUUGCUCAGAUUCUUGAAUUUUUUUGCCAUUUUUUUGAAAGUUGUGAUCUUGUGCAUUCCCUUCUCUCAAUUUUGUGUAUUCAUAGCUUCAAAACCAAUAAUGCAGUUGAUCUGGUUUGUUUUAGUAAUCCUAGUAGAAGUAGCAGUAGGAGAAUCAGAGGUUGAUGCACUUUUAGAACUCAAAAAGGGAAUUCAGACAGAAACCUUAACAAAAGAUUUUGUUUCAUGGGAUUCCAACUCAUUAGAAUCAGAUGGAUGCCCCAAGAACUGGUAUGGCAUCACCUGUAGCACUGGCCAUGUCACUUCAAUAUCACUCAACCAUUUAGGCCUAGCCGGAGAAUUCAGUUUUCUUACAGUUUCCCGUCUCCGGAUGCUCCAAAAUCUAUCGCUAUCCAACAAUCACUUCACCGGAACUCUCACAAGAGAUGUCGGUCUGCUUGAAUCCCUACAGAAUUUGGAUCUUUCCAGCAAUCUGUUUACUGGCUCACUCCCUCAUCAGUUGACAAGUUUACCAAGCUUGGCACUUGUUAAUAUCUCAUUGAACAAAAUGGAAGGGGAAAUCCCCUCAGGUUUUGCUAAUCUGAAGAAGCUCAAGUACUUAGAUCUCCAUUCUAAUGCUUUUGUGGGUGAUGUGAUGAGCCUUUUGGGCCAGUUAGGAGGUAGUGUGGUGUACGUUGAUCUCAGCUGCAAUAGUUUCUCGGGGCCGUUGGAUUUGGGAACUGCUGAUCCCGAUUUCAUGUCAUCGGUUAGCCACCUCAAUGUUAGUUGUAAUAACUUGACAGGGGAGCUGUUCUUCCCUCAUGAUGGGAUACCAUACUUGGACAGCCUAGAGGUUCUUGAUGCCAGUGAUAAUCGCAUAACUGGAAAAAUACCUUCUUUCAGUCUUGUAGUCUCUCUCCGAGUUCUCAGACUUCGCGGCAACCAGCUGUCAGGAUCAUUGCCUGGGGGCCUCUUGCAAGGGAGCUCAAUGGUCUUGUCUGAGUUGGACCUUAGCCAUAACCAGCUUGAAGGUCCUAUUGAAAGUAUAACCUCUCUUAAUCUGAGAUAUCUAAACCUAUCCUCUAAUAGCCUUUCUGGGCCCUUGCCUUUGAGGAUUGCACAUUGUGCUGUCAUAGAUCUCAGUAACAAUAUGUUCUCGGGGAACUUCUCGAGAGCUCAGAGCUGGGGAAACUAUGUCGAAGUGAUAGAUUUAAGCUCCAAUCACCUGACCGGAUCCUUUCCAAAUCAAACGUCUCAGUUCUUGAGGCUCAAUUCAUUCAGAAUUUCCAACAACUCGUUGGAAGGCCUUCUUCCACCUGUGCUCGCCACAUAUCCUGAGCUACGAGUGGUUGAUUUUAGCUUCAACACGUUGAGUGGUUCACUUCCUAGCCUGUUUGUCUCCACCAAACUGAUUGACAUCAACCUGUCCUGGAACAAUUUUUCUGGGGUGGUACCUACGGAUGGACUGACCCCACAGAAUUACAGCCUGCUAUUUCUCGAUCUAUCGCACAAUUCCUUUACAGGCCAACUGCCCCCUGAGUUGGGCAGGUUCAGUACCAUGGUGUAUCUUGACCUGUCUAACAACCUUCUUGAAGGCGCCAUCCCUGAUGACCUCCCAAACACAAUGACAGUAUUCAACGUUUCUUACAAUAAUCUUUCUGGAGUUGUUCCACAAAGCUUGCAGAGAUUCCCAUCUUCAUCAUUCCAUCCUGGAAACAUGUUGCUUGUUGUCCCAAAUGAGGCUGCUUCGUCACCAAAAGGUGGUGACAGCCUAAGUAUGAGGGGCCAUGGUUCUCGCAUGAGUUCUGCGAUCAGAGCCGCCCUCAUUGCAGGCCUUGUAGGUGGUGUGUUGGUGAUAGCCAUACUAACUGUGAUGAUUUAUUGGAGAGUCCACCGUGAAAGAAAUAAGUCGGCCUCAACAGAAACUGGUGGGAAGAAAGUGUUAUCCUCAACUGCAGUAGAAUCAGGUACGCAGCAACAAGCCAACUUAUCCGCUCUGCAGCAGGGAUUGAAGAAUCUUGAUAAUCCAGAAUCAACGAGGAAAACUGAAUUGGUGGCUUCUCCUGCAACAGUGGCAUCAUCUGGUGACUCGUCGCCUGGAAAAUUCCAGCAACUAUCGGAGCAUCCAAGUGCACUGAGGGUUUGUUCACCGGAAAAACUGGCAGGAGACCUCCAUCUUUUUGACAGCUCCUUAAAGUUCAGCUCCGAAGAGCUAUCAUCCGCGCCUGCAGAGCCUGUGGGAAUGAGCUGCCACGGGACACUCUACAAGGCCGUGCUUUCUUCAGGCCAUGUCCUGGCAGUGAAACUGCUAAAAGAAGGAAUAGCGAAAAGAAGAAAAGAGUUUGCUCGAGAAGCGAAGAAGCUUGGCAGUAUACGGCAUCCAAAUUUGGUUUCUCUGCAGGGAUUCUACUGGGGUCCAAAGGAGCAUGAGAAGCUGAUCAUAUCCAACUACGUCGAUGCUCCUUGUUUGGCGCUCUAUCUUCACGGAACAGCUCCCCAAACACUCCCUCCUUUGUCUCUAGAUGAAAGGCUGAAGAUCGCGAUCAAUGUGGCAUGCUGCCUCACUCACCUCCACACAGAGAGUGCCAUACCUCAUGGCAACCUGAAAUCCACCAACAUCCUGAUCGAACUUCCCAAUAAAAACGCGGUCUUGACAGACUACAGCCUGCACCGGCUGCUGACAACAGCGGGCACAGCUGAGCAGGUGCUGAAUGCAGGCGCGCUAGGAUACCUGCCACCUGAAUUCACCAGCACGAGCAAACCUUGCCCCUCGAUGAAGAGUGAUGUAUAUGCUUUCGGUGUUAUUCUGCUGGAACUCUUGACCGGGAGAAGUAUCCCAGGCAACCCUGAAGUGGUUGAUCUGGCGGAAUGGGUGAGCUUCAUGGCUGUGGAGAAUCGGGCUGCUGAGUGCUUUGACUCGCAUAUUUUGGGAGCGGAGAACCUUCUCCCGAAAACUCUUGAUGACAUGCUUCACGUUGCUCUGAAAUGCACCCUUCCGGCUGCUGAACGGCCCGACAUGAAGAUGGUUUUCGAAGAGCUUUCUUCGAUGGUGGUGGGCUAGAGAUCAGAGGCAUGCUUGUGUUUUGAAGUUGGAUUAAUUACAAUUUGUUAGUAGUUGUGUAGCUGAUAUUCAUUAUUCAGUUGGGCUAAAGAGCAUAAGUGAGAUUAGCAUUGAAGAAGGAUCAAAAUUUAUUCUUGUAUAUUGUUUGUAGACCAUUCAUUUCAGUUCUAAAUGCUUUGUAUUGUAGCCUUA